AGGAAAGCAAAAGGCCGAUCAGUUCCUCCGUCUCUUCGCCUCUUCAAGUCUUCGGUUCCUCUGCAGCGUCUAACGGAACCUUUCUCAUCUUCCCAAUUUGCGAUUCAUCCUCUUUUUAUACCGCAAAUAAGCCAUCUUCCUUCCUUUGCCGAUUAAUUCCUCAAUUUCUUCUUAUUUGUCAAGGACUCAAGGUGGUGGCGAUGGUGGUUUGCCUUUCUUUGGUCUCCGUGUGCUCCGCUUGAAGUUGAUGCAGUUGUUCUUCAACAGAUCGGAGGAGUAGCAGCGGAGAAAAUCGCAGCUCCCUGGAGAGCUUCCUACUUGGAGCAAAUCGCAGAGGGCCGAAGCUUAGGCUCCAACUCCAGAUGGUAUUUGGUUAUGCAUAUCUAGCAGCAACAACAGUGAUGAGGGUGGAGUGAUAUGUGAUACAGAGGGACUUUGCACCCAAGGCUUGGCUACGAAGAGAAUCUUCUAUUAUUUUUCAAGAGUUCCUCUGGGUAUCAUUUCCCUCAUUACAAUAUAAUGGCUAAACCACAUCCAUCUUUUUUCACAAAUGUAUUCCUUCGUCAAAAUCCUAAAUCCAUCCAAAACUCUAGCCCUAACUCCUCAAUCCGGGAUCGCAAUUUUAGCAUAUUAGGAGAGAGUGUGGGUAGCGAAGGUUCUAUUUUAUCGAAUCUGGAUGAUAAAAGAGAUGAUAAGCAGCAGCACUUAAUUGAGAUAGCAAAUGACGUUUCAAGAAUAAUACGCACACGGCCGAGAUGGGAACAGACUCUUAUGUUUGAUUUUCCGGGCGUGAAUUUCUCUGAUCAAAAUUUGUGCUGUGAGAUUUUAAAGCAACAGAAGAAUGUGAUUAUGGCACUUCGAUUUUAUCAUUGGGUUAGCACGAGGAGCGGGUUUUCACCUGAUCCAGUUUCCUCUGAUGUGGUUUUCCGUGGGCUUGUGAGAGCCAAGGCUGGGAGCCUGGCAAAGAGUUUUCUUGAGAACACAAAGUUUGUGCCAAAGCCUAGUUCUUUGGAGCCAUACAUUGAGUGUCUUUGUUAUAACGGGUUGAUUGAGGAAGCUCUAGCAGUUAUUGAUGAACUGAAGGGAGUUGGAUACUGUUUGGCAUUGAGUACAUGGAAUUCAGCCCUGUUUGGCUCAAUCAAAGCUGGAAAGUCUGGAACAGUUUGGAAAUUGUAUGAGGAUAUGAUGGGAUGUGGGGUUACUGGAGACGCGGAUACUAUUGGAUAUUUAAUUUAUGCACUUUCCAUGGAUAACAAUCAUUCAAAAGGCUAUGAGCUUAUGGGGCAACUAUUAGAUACUGGGCAUGCCCCUAAGAAUGUUGUGUUCAACAAAUUGAUUUACGAGUCCUGCAAAAGUAAGGAGUUCUAUAGAAUGACAGGUCUUCUCUUUUCCAUGACUGAUAAAAAUUGUUCACCUGAUAUAUAUACUUAUCAAGAACUUAUCCAUGGGGUGCGUGAUAGCAAGUGCAGAGAUGGUCUUGAAGUUUUUCGGAUUUUUGAGUAUAUAAAGAAGAGGGGAUAUGCUCCGGAUAUGGUCAUGUAUUCAACAGUGAUUCACAGCCUUGUGAAGAGCAAAAUGCUGGGCAAAGCUAAAAAGGUAUGGGUUGAGAUGAUACAGAAGGGAUUUGUUCCAAACAAGUAUACAUAUAAUGCACUGAUGUAUGGGUAUUUGAAAUCAGGUAAUAUAAACGAGGCAGAAAGGUUGUGCAAGGAAAUGUUUGAUAAAGGAUAUGUUGAUUCCACUUUAACAUACAAUAUUCUGAUUAGUGGUUUUUGUGCAAAUGGGAUGUUUAUGAAAGCUUAUAGGUUGUUCCAACAUAUGGUUAAAGAAGGUAUUGCUCGGGAUUACAUUACGUUCAAUUCCCUAAUUAAGGGAUUAUCAUCUGAAGGCUGUUGCAAGGCAGUCUAUGGUCUGAAUAUUUUUUUUGAUAUUCUCGAGCAUGGGUUGAAGCCACCAACUACGUUGUAUGGUUUUUUAGUCAAGAAACUUUUUGAGGAAGGACAUGCCAACGAAGCAAAAUGGCUUCUUAAGGCUAGGAAGGCGCAUCAACCUCUGGAUGCACAAUCAGAACUAGGCCACAUUGGCUUGGCAAGGCUAAGAGAAGUUUUCCAACAGGACCAUGGUGGUUUGACAAGCUAAGACAACUCUAGCCCUAGUGGUUUGACAAGCUAAGACAACUCUAGCCCUGGUGGUUUGACAAACUCUCUGGCUGCCUGCGUGUACAAUUCAAUUUUGUUCACUGAAGUCGUAUUUAAUUAUCCGAUGCAACUUUUUUACUUGGUUCACUGAAACACAACAGAAAGAUAUUGCUGAUUGGUUCAGUGAUGAGGUUGCAAAUAUUAUCAAGGAAGACCUGUGGCCCAACCCUUUGAAAUACUUCAACAAUGAAGCCAAUGAGGAAGAUUCCAACGGAGAUGAGGACGACAACAAAGGAAAGGAGGAAGACGAUGAGGGGGAAGCGGACUUCGUUCUUACCAUUGCUUUGAUAAUUUCGAUGUCGUGACUCAACUGUUAGUGAGUGUUAUUGUUGACUCCUUCGAACUCUAAUCAAUCAUAGCUAGGGAGAUUAUUGUCAAUGUGGAUGCUUGAAGCCGUCUUUGGGUACUUCUGUAGUCACCUUGUCUAUGUAAGUUUUGUUAAGGUGAGGUGUUUGUGAUUUCAUGUUGUGAAUUUUUCUCACAUCUCAUUAAAGAAAGCACACUUCUAAAG